AUGACGGACCCCGACGGAAGCACCAGGGUUGCCAUGCCCAACUCUCUGAUCAGAAGACGUCCACAAUCCUACCUCCGUACAGAGUACGGAUACUCGAAUGUUCUCAGGUCCCACGAGCUGUCGGCCUGUCUGGAAACACAGCAGUCCGACCGACACCAGAAGCACGAAAAGUACGCCAGCACCGGAAGCAAGGGAAACCAGUUGAAAGGCCUGGCCUGGCAUUCCGUCUCAGCCAGCAGCCUCCCUCCCACCACGAUGCCAAGCUCCACCUCCCACCUCACGCCGCGCUUCACACCACUGGGCAAAACGUGCCUGGUACCUGAAAUUGGUUCCAAGAAGUACGUACGCUAUGCCGCCGCCGGCUGUUUCUACCUUUCAAACGGAUCCAAAAUCACCAGAAAGACGACAACCGGAGCGAAGGCGGCACAUUCAGAGACCCAGUCCGAGGUUGAGGCGCUGGCGGAGGGAACUCCAUUCCUUAGCCCGUCGUCCAUUACGCGUUUCGCCCCUCCUCAACCAUCCCCCACCCAUCCAAUCCUCCAGUUUACGAGGUCGAGGUUCCAUCCGCCCAGAAACCUUAGCCUAGUCUCGCAGACGACAAGAGCCGAUCUGCCACCACUGCCACCGUCAUCCACCAAACAAGAUCGAGACAUGACAAGGCACUACCCACGGGCAAGACCGGACAUGCGAGAUAACCUCAGCAUUCGGGGUUUCGGCGACAUACCCAAGGAGUACUUGAAUACCGCGUAUUAG